AUGUCGGAGCCUAUGGAUAUCGCACAUCCACAGCCAUCACAGCUGAUGCCGCUAUCCAUACCGCCGCGGCGUGCAAGCUUCUCAGGCGAUGAGACGCAGCCAUCUUCAGCGCACCAGCAUACCGAUACGGGGACGGAGCCCACAUCCUCCGUGUCGCCUCGGACACCAUCGCCGAUUCUUGGCCAUGCGCCAGCGCUGGACAAUGUGCCAGGCGCCAUAAGUGGCCACUUGACGUUCCCCCAAGUGGGUUUGGGUCUCGGUACCAUGGAGCAAGAGAUGCAGAUGCUCAUGGAGUUAGAUGAGACAGCCGAUAUGGAUGCCAAGACAGGUACCGGCUUGGACACACAAUCUUCGGAGUGGGCCGAUUUGGCAUCGCUCCUUACGUCGUAUGGAUACUCCAUGGGCCCCGACGACGGCGUGGCAGCAUGGCAGCCACCGACGUCGUUGCCAGAGGAGGCUUCGGCACGCGAACAGGUCCUUGCUACGUGCCUUCUUCACCUGCUAAAGCGGAUGCGGCAGCAGGAAGACAGUCGUGAACACCUAAAGCAUUUGCUGCGAGUCACGCGCCUCGCAUCGCUCUCCCUGUUUUCCUCGUUACGUAUUUCCUACUCACAUAUGCUCCAGGCGGAGCGCGAUAUCAAGGCACGACUAGAAGUGGAAUUGUCAGGCUCCAAGAGUCAGUCCAAAAUGCUCAGUGAUAUGAUCUCACGCGCCUCGCUGCACUCCCAUGACGAAAAGGCGACGUCGGCGACGACACGGUACUCCAUGCCAUCGUUGGAUGACGAAGAGGAGGCCCGACGUGCGCCUACAUCGCCUACAAAUAUGGAGCGUACCAAGCUGCUGGCUGAUAAGCGGUACCUACGCCAGCGCGUGAAGGAUGCCGAGGCGCAAGUAGCGCGACUGGAGUCUGAACUCAAAACGCUGAGGCCCUUGCUGCUUCGUGCCAACCAUGAGGACGAUAUGAGCGACGUACUUACGCCUUCGCGGCAUGGCACACGUACGCCACUGGCCAAGCCACGUCGCCGCGAAGCGACCAUGGGCGAUGCCACGGCCGAGCACUUACUGUUGGCGACACGCAUGCUUCGCACACUACGUCAUGCUUCACGACCUUCCUCUACCGCAGAUGUAUCGCCGAUGAAGCAUGAUGUGAUGCCAACAACGCCUCAUCGACAGCAUGCUACGGCCAAGAUCCCCUCUCAAUCCUCGUACGAGUCCUACCCACAUACGCCCACAUCACUACACCGUACGGACGAUAUGCACAGCAGCCCCUAUGCGCCUAUGUCAGCACGAAGUGUGCCUUCGUCGUCACACUAUUCCAGCGGUCUCGAUGAUCUUUUGCAUGCUGCACAGUCCUUGGGCCCUAUGUCGUAUUCGCAUUCCCAUGCGCCCUCGAGCAGAUACGCGGAUACCAACACCAGUCCCACACGUGCAUCGCCUUGGGCACGCGUUCCUACCUCACUUACACCAGGCGCUGUAUCCCAGGCCUAUGGCAGUCCGAAGCGGCGUCGUAUGGGAAGCGGUAGCAGCACGAUGGACGAUGCCCCGCUGCCAUCUGCCUUGGAUGUGCUCGCGCACCAUGCUGCUAUCGAGCAUCCUUCCAGUCCCACACACGUUCACUCGCAUGCACCCGCCUAUGCCUCGUCGCAUCAUCGCCGCACGCAUUCGGGCUCCUACGCGGCGCCGACCAGUGGGACGUGGUCGCCAGUCCCUGUGCCACGUGCCCCAGCCUCGGCCAGCAAGCCACGACCGUCCAGUGGGGGCAGCCAGCACAGCCCAGAAAAGCGGCUGCCGUACGUGCGUUGGUCCGCCGAGGAGGACACCAAGCUGCGUCGUGCCAUUAAAGAGCAUGGGCAGCGGUGGGAGCAUGUAGCGCGGGCUGUCGGUACGCGUUCGUACCAUCAAUGCCGCCAGCGGUACCUGCUUAUGCGUCGUAAGGAAGCAGCAGCGAAUGGGCUUGCCUCGCCAAGCAAAAACAAUCGCACAGUGCCGCGGCAGACCACAGAGAAAUCGCACACGCAAGAAGAAGAAAGCAGUGGAGGCUCGUCAGAGCAAGAGACACAGUCCCUUCGUGCAUCAGAACCUUUGUUGGAGAUGGCCACAAGCACGCGCCAAGUGACCUCGCCGACAAAAGAGCAUGAAACCCCACCGUUGUCUGUGCCGACGCACGCUUCCUCGCCGCUGUCCAGGACGGCACUCUCCCCGGCUCCCCCGGUGUUGCAGUCCUGA